AUUAAAUUAGAAAUGUGUGUGUGUAAGAGUAAGAGCAACAUAGAGGGGAUCGCCAGAUUUAACACGAAAGGCAUAGAGACUUACGAAACGUGUAUGCCAUCCCCAUCUCCAUCUCCGCCUUCUCUCUCUCCCCUCACUCUUACCGCCUAUAUAUAUAUAUAUUGUUACUAUAUAUAUAUAUAUACUCCACACCGCCAUUCUACUCCGGUUACUUCUUUCUUUCUCUCCUUCCAUCUUCAUCUUCAUUCAUGGCUCCUCCAGCUCAAGAAGUUCAACCAUCUUUAACCCCCAUUAACGAUGAACAACCGCCUUUCUCCAAAUCCAGAGUCACAGUUAUCGGAAGCGGCAACUGGGGUAGUGUGGCUUCCAAGCUCAUUGCAUCCAACACCCUCACUCUCCCCUCUUUCCAUGAUGAAGUGAGGAUGUGGGUAUUUGAGGAAACAUUGCCAAGUGGUGAAAAGCUCACAGAAGUCAUCAAUCGAACCAAUGAAAAUGUUAAAUAUUUGCCUGGUAUAAAGCUUGGCAGAAAUGUGGUUGCUGACCCUGACCUUGAAAAUGCUGUAAAGGAUGCAAACAUGUUGGUAUUUGUGACCCCACAUCAAUUUAUGGAGGGGAUUUGCAGAAGUCUUGUUGGGAAGGUGAGAGAAGAUGUGGAAGCUAUUUCUUUGAUUAAAGGAAUGGAGGUUAAGAUGGAAGGUCCAUGCAUGAUCUCCACACUCAUUUCUCAGCAAUUGGGUCUGAAUUGUUGUGUCCUGAUGGGGGCUAACAUUGCUAAUGAGAUUGCUGUGGAAAAGUUCAGUGAAGCUACAGUUGGAUACAAAGGGAACAGAGAGAUUGCAGAGAAAUGGGUUCAGCUGUUCAAUACUCCCUAUUUCAUGGUCACAGCUGUACAAGAUGUGGAAGGAGUAGAAUUAUGUGGGACACUGAAAAAUGUUGUGGCUAUAGCAGCAGGUUUUGUUGAUGGAUUGGAGAUGGGAAAUAACACCAAGGCUGCAAUAAUGAGAAUUGGUCUGAGAGAGAUGAAGGCAUUUUCCAAAUUGCUGUUUUCAUCUGUUAAAGACAGUACAUUUUUCGAAAGCUGCGGUGUAGCUGAUCUCAUAACAACAUGCUUGGGAGGAAGAAACAGGAAGGUAGCAGAGGCUUUUGCAAAGAAUGGAGGGAAAAGGUCAUUUGAUGAACUUGAAGCAGAGAUGCUUCGAGGCCAAAAACUACAGGGUGUCUCAACUGCUAAAGAGCUUUACGAGGUUUUGAGCCACCGGGGAUGGCUUGAAUUAUUUCCUCUGUUUGCAACCGUGCACGAGAUCUGCAUUGGUCGUCUCCCACCUUCAGCCAUUGUUGAACACUUUGGGCGCAAACCAAAGUUCACGCUCCCUAUCUGACUUUUCAUGGAUAUGAUAAUACAGGGUACAAUCUAUACGAGUAAAAUUUUCAGUCUUGCAACAAAUGUUAUUAAAAUAACCACGUUGAAUAUUUAAUAUCAGUUCACAGAUAAGGAUUAUGUUCAAUAACACUAAUAGUUUAGUCAUUAUCAUCAUGCGCCCUUAUUUAUGGCUUCAAGAGUAA